AGAUGACGGAUCCGAGUGUGAAUCUCUAAUCUCGAUCAACUGUAGCAUUGAUCUGGACGAGGAACCUGAGUUGUGUUGGGCGAAUGGAAUGACAGUUACUCGGGUCACGCCUGGCAUGGUCAAACUUGUCGACAUUAAGCCUCCGAAACAAGGUGCCCCAAUACAAGCUGGCCCAAUCAGAAGAGUGAGUCCCCGGCGAUCCAAGUCUUUCGAUAAAACCAAGAGGAAUGCCGUGGUGGAUGCUCCGGGCCUCCGGUUGCCAAUUGCAGAUGUGGGUUCCUCAUACUUUACAUCAGAGAUACAAUGACUGAUUGAUAUAGUACCCUCUCGACCAAGAGUUCCGAAGCUCCCAAUAUGAAUUCUCCCGCGAGAAAAAGGCCAGACUCCCAAGGGAAGAAUCGCAAAGACUAGUCAACAGCUGGAUUACCUCCACCUCUCCAAGAGCCCGACGCCCCUAUUCCACCAUCGAU